AAGAAUGGCCUUCUAAAGAGUAGCUCAUAUUUGGGGUUUUGGUGAGAGAGUGAAAAGUAGAAACCUACUUCAAAACAUCAAAAAAAAAAUUGUUGCCCUUUUAUAUUGGCCUUGGGGGGUGGGAGUGGAGGGAGGAAUGUUAGGACUUUUUUUCCUCAAAUGCAACAAAUGAGAAUUCCAAACAUGUUAGAAACUGAAUUUACCCUUGUAAACAGCUCUGCUUUAGGAACUACUUGUUCCUUAUGUAAGUCACUAUGAUUGCUGUUACUAGGCAGUUAAUUUAUUUUAAUUGAAUAGAAAACGUCUUCCCUAUAUUUAAAAGAUACUAGUAAAUGCUCUUUCAUCGUGAAACUACUUUAUACUAUUUCUCAAUAUCCAUAGAGGAAAAAGCCAAACUUUCUGAAAAGUGGACUUUAGAGCACUUACCGUAAGUCGGUUUUGGCUAGCAACUGGUAUUUUUGGCUAGCAACUGGUAUUUUUCAGUAAGUGCUGCCUUUUUUUUUUUUCUCCUCUUGGUAAUAAAUAACAAACAGAACAAAUAAAGAUUUUGCAAAUUCAGUUUCAGCAUUUCUUUCCUACUCAGAUACAAAAUGAGAAGCAUGCAUGUUAUCCUGCAGCUAAUAUUCAUAUUAUGCAGUUUAGAGGUGUCUGCCUUACUUUUGGGAGAAAGCAGAAGCUCUUCAGAAAAAGCUUUCCACAGGGAGAUGAGAGAACUGAAUUCUCCAUAUCCAAUAGACUGUAAGCUGACCAGCUGGAGUGAGUGGGGGCCCUGUGACCCAUGCACCAAUCAAAGGUUUCGUUCUAGAAGUAUCGAAAGAUUCGGCCAGUUUGGUGGAAAAUCGUGUGUGGAGACUUUAGGAGAUACACAGAGCUGUGAAAGUGACCAAGUCUGUCCUGAAGAAAUAGAACCAGACUGCGGUGCUGACUUUCAAUGCAAUUCUGGUCGAUGCAUAAAGCGACGACUUGUGUGUAAUGUGGAUAAUGACUGUGGAGAUUUUUCUGAUGAAGAUAACUGUGAAUCUGAACCACGAUCACCAUGCAGUAACCAUGAUAUCGAUGUGUCUGAAGUUGGCAGGACUGCAGGGCAAGGAAUCAAUGUUUUAGGGAUGCAGCCAAUGGCCAGCCCAUUUGACAAUGAGUUUUUCAAUGGUCUUUGUGAAAGGGUGCGCGAUGGGAACACACAGACAUAUUACCGCAAGCCAUGGAAUGUUGGUGUUCUCAAUUACGAUACAAAAGCAGGCAAAACCUUCACAUCUGAGUUCUAUAGUGAUCAUCUAAAAAUGAUACGAGAGGUGUACAUGGACAAACAAAAAAGCUUCAACGUUGGCCUGUCUCUGAAAUACGCACCUACUUCAGGAAGUAACAAAACUUCUGCAGGAGGAAAUUUAAAGUUUCACUAUAGCAAGACUACAAAUUUAGGAUCUAUGUUGACUAGAUUCACAGAAAGGAAUGGUUCUCUCAUCUGUUUUCUUCUCCCUGCAUUCAGAAUCAACGUAAAAGGAAAGAUUCAGCUGGGAAGAUUUCAAAUGCGGAGUCGUGAUAUCCGUCUUACAGAUACUUUCCUUGAUGAUCUAAAUUUUCUGCCUGCUGAAUAUGAUAAGGGGGAAUAUUUCAAAUUCCUAGAAGAUUAUGGAACUCACUAUGCAGCCUCUGGAGCUGUGGGAGGAAAAUACGAACUUGUGUAUGUGCUGGAUAAUCAUGUUAUGUCUCUCUUAGGUAUCGGUGUAGAAGAUGUGAAGAAAUGUCUUGGAUAUCAAUUUGAUGUCAGUGUUGGAUAUGACAAAAUUAACGGCCGUCUUGAAAUGUCCGGUGAUAAAUGUGGGAAGAUCAAAAUGCAGGAUAAAUUAGAAUAUAAAGAUGAUGCUAUCAUUGAUGAUGUUAUUUCUUUAGUUGAUGGAGGGAAGAUUGAUUUUUCAGUUAAAAUAAAAGAAAUGUUACUGCGAAGAUCCAAAAUGGUUGACAUAGAUGAUUACGUACAGUGGGCAAAGUCCUUGGUUGAUGCACCAGUAGUGAUACAGGAACGGCCUUCUCCAAUACAUACACUUGUUCCAGUUAAGAUAAGAAACUCAUAUUUAAAGAAACAAAAUUUGGAAAGAGCAAUUGAGGACUACAUUACUGAAUACAGUAUGUGCAAAUGUGAACCCUGCAAAAAUGGAGGCACCCUUGUACUGAUAGAUGGAGCUUGUACAUGCAUGUGCUCAAGCUACUUUAAGGGAAUUGCUUGUCAGAUUCCCAAAUCUACGACAGUUGAAGCUGUCACUGAUGGAGGCUGGAGCUGUUGGAGUCCCUGGUCCACCUGCAUCGAUGGUGAAAGCACUCGAACUCGCCAGUGUAAUAAUCCUACACCACAAGCAGGAGGCAGACCAUGCCAAGGAGAAGCCAUUGAAAAACGUCCCUGUUGAGAAGAAAAUGUUCAAAAGCAGAAAUGGUUAAUGGAUUCCAAACCAGUUCUAAUCACAGUUUCCAAUGGUUAGCUUGCUACCCAAGAGCAACAGAACACCAUGAAUUAAAAGCAUCUCCACCUUAAAUGAUUGCUUAGCAAAACAAAGUAAUAUACCAAUAAACAUCUUAAUGGAGAAGAGCUGAUGCAGUGGGUGUUGUCCAUCUUUUUUUUUCUUUUUUUUUUUUUAUCUCCUGCUGUCAUUAGAACAUGAAUCAUCUAUCAUCUAUGUCUGUUAGUCAAUAGCAUAAUAGUCCCCCUUUGUCUUAUUUUCAACAAUUCCUUGGGGUGAAUGUUUUCAAACUGAUUUUCAAGAAUUCAAGUCCAGCAUGAAUAUCAGAAUGUAUAUCAUAAUGUAUAUAACAUCAGCCAUUUGAUAGUAUAUUGUCAGCAAAGAACCUGAGAGAGACUUCGAUCUUGACUAGAAUGCCCUUUUGGAUUUAUUUCCACUCUCACAUCUUACAUCUAAUUCACACCCUGCAUCACAGGUAUGUUUAAAGACAUGCAGCUUUACUAAAGCUAUUAUAGCAUUUGCUGAAGAGCUUGAUAUUGUAUCUUGUACAUGUCAAUGUGUUAAGGAUUUUUUUAUGAAAUCAGAGCUACAUUACAAAG